CGCACCAGCCUUUGCGAUAAUACUCGGUGGUGUUGACCACCGGGCUUCUAUGUUCUCCAUUAAUAGGUUUCUGACUGCUACCAUCCUAUGAGCAAAUUCAGCACUGCUGAGGACAUCGUGCGCAGGCUCCCACAUCGCUUAUCGCCGUCAGUCAGGGGAUACGAUUUAGCAAAGCAGAGCAAAGCAGUGCUGCCCGGUCCGUCGUUCGGUAAACCGUCGCGAUAGCUCGGCUGCAGGUGUGUGUUUUUGUUGCAGUGCGUGCGUGCACGGGGUAGUUGAGGAGUGUGCGCGCGUGUGUGUUUUAAUAUAUGAAAAUAGGUAUAAGGGUAUUUAUGCGUGUAAAUAUGUAUUAACACAUAUAUUAAUAUACCGGUGUAAUUUAGAAGAAUGACAAUACAGCAACCGAGAAUGAAUUGGUUCUAAACCGAAUAACCGGAAACAUAGUAUGCACCUCAAAAUGUGUAUUAGUCAGAUGAAUAAAAUUUUCAAAAAUCGACGCAAGCGUGUUACAGGAAUACCCGCUGUUUAGCUUCCUCCUAGUAGUUAUACAUAGAAAUACUCUUACAUGCAGAUAGACAGCACCCAGCUCCUUAACCUUGAGUACUGUUGGAGCAGUGAUAGCAGAAAACGAGCGAGAACGACCUGGCAGUAAAGCAGCACCAUUGGGCAUCAAUCAUCACGCAUGCCACUCCACAGGACUUACAUAUUAAACUCCUGCAUAGGCGCCUAUGACACUGAUGUAAACACCAACGUGUGAGAUCCUGAGUGUAUUAUUUCGUAGCAGCUACAAUACGACCCCGUUCAACAGCAACAUUCUUCCAAAUCGUUUAAGUGAGAAACCUAACUGCUGGUCGGAAGCAGGACUAGUUUUGGGCCUCCUAAGGGCAAGAAUCAGUGCUCGAACUUUGCUGCAGGACCCACUGAAAGCUCAUUAUAAUUGACGUAAGCAAUGGAGCCGCCGACGAUCGAACCUCAGGUGUCGAUUGAUCCACCGUUACUAGAACCCACGCCAUUACUUAGCACAGAAAAUAUUGUUCCACCCUCUGAUGCAACCGAGGCUCAAUCGAAUGGCGGUUCCUCUUCGACAAUGUUGAAACAAGUGCAUAGACUGCUUACACCUCCGGCUGAUCUUCUGGAAUGGAAGGAUAUGCCCCAGCAUCUGCAGUUUAAUCCGUAUGUGCUCACUGGCUACCGGCCGUUGCAGGGUGUGAAGGGUUGCCUUAGCAGCCUAUUCUAUGUCCACAAUGAAACCAUCAACAUCCUUACCCACGGCAUUCCAAUCGUUUACAUACUGGCAACUGUUCCGGCAAUGAUGCCAUGGGAGAAAGAUUACCGCUUUCUGUCAUGGUGUCAUCUGGUCGGUUCCGUUGCACCGUGGUGCGGUAGCUUUGUCUAUCACCUGUUUAUGAAUCUGGAGUGCGGCGAGGGCAUUUACUAUCGGUUGCUGCAGCUCGACAUGUUGGGCAUUUGGAUCAGCCAGAGCUUUGGAGCGCUGCCAAUGGUAACAGCGACGGUGUUUUGUUGGAAUACACCAUUAAAAUGGUUAUUCAUUAUAUCUUAUUCGCUACUGUGCAUCUGGGGUCUUUUUAAGGCUAUGACGGCUUCAUCACCGUGGCAGCGACGACUCUGUUUUUUACUUCCGUUCAGCAUGCGCAUUAUUCUGACGCUACUUCGUAUCUCCAAUAUGGGCGGCGGAAAUCCUACCUCACUAACCCACGUAUUCCUGCAGGACGCUGUGUCAGCGGUGGGUGGAAUCAUCGGUGCGAUGCAUAUUCCAGAGAAAUGGUUUCCCGGUAGUGUCGACAUUUACUUGAACUCUCAUAACAUCAUGCACGUGUUGGUGGUGGUCGCAGUCUACUCAAUGCAUCAGGCCACUGUACGAGACAUCGAAUGGAUGCAGCGAUCGGAAUGUAACGGACUCAGUAGUAACACCACACUCAACAUAGACCAUGUCAAUGGGUCGCAUUUGGAACUAUGACUUGCAAAGCGUCGUCCAUCAACUACACCAUUAACCGACUCAGCGAUAAUACGCGGUGGGAUUUCUGUGUCAAAACACGGCAGAAUCACUGUGGAUUCUUUAUGCAUUCGCCGACAUGGUUGUGUAGUUUCGGGUGUGUGCUAUAGAGCGGAAAAUAUUCGCACCUACCGUAUACAUCAUAAGGCGGUUCCCUUACACUGAUGUAUUUCAUCAUACAUUAGCCGAUAAAAGAUUUAUAUGCCAUAGACACGCAGCAGUCAAAAACAUACAAAAAUGCAAGCUAUCACAAUAAAUAGCGGUUAAUUGCAUGAUAGGUGAGCCAGAUUUGGCAUGCAAUGGUAGACUCGAGAUAUCCUGAAUAUCGGAAAGAGAAAAGGAUACAAAAGGACAACGAUGCUUGCGUGUGCGGCAUUAAACGUAUGGCAUUAAACAAUUACCAAAAAAAUUUAAACUUUUAAUUAAACUAGAUUAAUCUAGCCAAUCAAAUCUCUGGACAUUCUUCCACUUGCUAGUGCAGUCUAUUCAAAAUGCUAGAAUCUGAUGGGCAAAUCGUGCUACCUUAUGCACCUAGUAGUUAUUUGUUAAAUUCAAAUCAUUAGUGGGUAACAUUAUGUUCCAGCUAUUUAGUUUGGACUAAAGAUAGGAUUCCCUUGCCUGCUUGGUUGUUCGUUUACUCAGCAAGCACUUGAUUAUCUCCCAUCGCUUCUUGACGAAACUCUAUGUUCUUUUCUACGGUUGCAAACAUGGACAGGGUUAUUUGUAUCAGAACAUGGUCGAUGACCAUGUCAUUUCUAUCAUAUUUUAAUUGGCAAUUAGGUUUUAUUUUAUAGCAACGACGUCAUUCACCAUUCAGGCACUAUUCGCAAUUAAUGUUGCAGUCUGUAGGAAGAGCUAAUGUAACGUCUUUCUCGCAAGAAUUGAAUUCCUACUAGAAAAAUAUUAUUUGAAAAGUAGAUAGACAAAAGCAGUUUUAAUAAAAAGUUAAACUAUCCGUGCAGAAAACGGGGCAUAGCCUUACUACCGCAAAUUAACCCGGUUAGUGAUCUGUUUGGUACUUUACAGCUUAAGCCACAUGCAGAACUGCAGAAACCGGAGCCCCUUAAUUACGACCAAAGCAGCUCUUGCUAUCAAUGAUAAGUAGAAAUUGGGUUUAAAUUGCUUAGCAGUUGUAGUGCCAAUGCAGAGAGUAGUUCUAAGUACGGCAAUUUACGUACCGGGCAUAUUCAUGAAAUAGAAAUUGAAAUAGUGCUUUUAGGAUUCCUUCUCUUCUACAGUCCGGCAAUUCCAUUCGAAUCCCUUAGGUUUUGGUAUAUUUUCAGAACGCGUUGUUUUCAAGCAAUUAAGAAAACUCAUCCUCGUAUUUGGAUUGGUAAUAUUCUUCCAACCUAGUACCUUUGUUUCCCACCACCACUUGCAUCUAUUAAACGGCUGUUGAAGUAUUUCAUUUUUCCACUACGCUAGAUGUAAGGCAAAAAAGCAAAGAGUGAAGAUAUAAUCCAUUGAAGUAGUGCAAUCUGGGAGCAGCGCAACUUUUCUUCAUGUUUCGCUAUAACGUGUGUUUCAGAUCUUUCGAAAGUACCGAUUUUAUGAUCCUCCGAGGUUUUAGGAACAGUAUCUGUGAUCAUAACAACUUAUUUAAGUUUGUAUCAAGCUAAAAGCUUUGCUCGAAAUAUUAUUUAAGACUUAGUUUAGGGCCUUUACAACUAUUUUAUCGUUGCCUAGUCCGAGUGCUUCUCAUCUGCCAUGAUUUAUUAGGUUAAAUUUAAACACUAUAGAGUCUUGCAAUUAAAACUAUUCAACCGUGUUUCCAAAAUAGCGGUGCAUUGGUAAGGUAAUCUUUACUCAACGAUUAAUUUACAGAUGCGAUGAGAUGCAUUCCUUGCAUCAUACGGUGGAUUCAUCGAUAGUUGCACGCGAUCAACAGUUGGAAAAUGUAGGGCUUAUCAACUUAUUUACUAAAACAAAAACAUCGUAUUAUCUGAUAUUGAGAAGCUAUGAAAAAAGGUAGCGUUUUUGAGCAGUGUAGAAAGUUACUUGCAUACAUGUUUGGUUAGUUUUGAAGUUUUAUUUAAUUGUCUAAUAACGACAGCGUUUCUUGCACUUAGUUUUGAUUUCUUCGUAUAAUGUCUAUUUUCGAGGUUUAGUGUAAUAAUAGUUUACCAUAUGAUUUUCCAAGCAUAUCCAUUUUCACCAUGAGAAAUACCAAACUGUACCUUGCAGUGUGAUAUUAUAUGUUUUGCGUAUGUGGAUUGGUUUUUAGUCCUAUGUCACUUAUGCAUUAUGGCAAGAAAAAUCCAAAAAAGCAUUAUUUUCAUGUAUGUAUCAUGUCGGAUGAAAUUCAAGUUCAUUUAGGGGUACUACUGCGCUUUACGCGUGAUGUUUACCUGUAGAAUAAAAUGCAAUACCGCCGUACCAAAAUAAAUGCUAGAAUUAAUUACAUCAUAGAUUUCCUAUGCUGCCGCAGAUGCGUUCCCAUUCAAUUAUGCAAAUUUAUACUCCGAGGGUUCAGAACGAUGAUAUAUUGACCAAAAACAAAUCUUAGCGAAUAGUAAGAGUAAACUUGCAUCACGGAAUGCAUUCUCAUAGCAAAUUUAUUUUACCGGUAUCUCAAUAUUUUUCCUUUCGUUUUGCCGCAUUUAAAAUUAAUUCUCCUCGCGUUAAUGCUAUUUGCUUCCUGAAUACGGUAGACGUUGAAAGCAACAACAAAAAGAGAAAAAUGUAUAGGAAUCAAAAUAUUAUAAAAAGUUGCGGCUCCUAUCCCGAAUCUACACAUUUAAGAAUUUGUCCAAAGUCACGAUUUCAAGUUAUAUGUUGACCAUGAAAAAUGCGUAACCUGUGUAUCUGACAGACUUAUGUUAGUGAGUUUAGGAAAAAAAUAACAAAAACAACUAAAAAGCUGUAGGAAAACUUCCAUUGAAAUAAAGCAAUAUUAUAUACAAACGGUCAAUAUGAAUGUUUGACCAU